UAAGCAACCAAACAGGAAAAGCCACAAAGAGUUGGCAGGGGAUUGCCAGGAAGAGAGACCUAGCUAUGGACAGAUCAAACCUGGGCUGGGCUAACUCACAGGACUGACCCCUAGGUGGACUGAGCCAUGAUCCCAGUUCAUCAUUGGUACCUUGUCCGACAGGACCUGACCAGACCAGAGUAACAGAGACCAGAAAGACCACACCAGGGCCUCCCCAUAACAGAGAAGAGAGAAGACCAAACUAACCAGACCCAGAGAGGCAGCCCAGCCUAUCUAAACACAAGGAGGAGAACAGUCAAGACCAGCCGAGCCCAGACACCACAUUCUCUCUCCAACACGGACCUUCACCCAACAACCGACAAAGACUGCGUUCCAUCGUGGUGCUUCCACAGGCUCCUCUAGGCGUGUGUUGGUGUGUGUGUCCAUGCAGACAAGGAGAUAAGAACCUCACCCAGCUGAAAUGAUGAUCCGCGACCUCUGACCCCAUCCUUGGCUGAGUGACCCCUCCCCCCGGAGCCAUGUUCUCUCACCGGAAUGACAGCCUUCCCUCCCCGAGUCUGGAAGACUCUUUCUUCCCUCUCUCUUCCUCCUCGUCUUCCCUCUCUCUCUCCCUGGCCCUCCCCUCCUCCUCUGCUCACUCCCGGGUGGGGGAGGGCGGGGAGGGCAUGGAGACGGACUUGAUCCUGGCGGCGGAGUUGGGUCAGGCUCUGUUGGAGAGGAACGAAGAACUGGCAGCCGCUCUCGAGCAGAGAGAGAGAGAAGUCGAGGUUCUGCAACAGGAGAAGCAUGUGCUCCAGAGAAGGUUGGACAUGAGCGAGAUGACGCUAGGCCAGAGAGAAGCGGAGCUCACCUCUGACAUCACAAGCUUGCGUGAGGAGCUGGAGCGACAUCACAGCCGGGGGCGGGACCGGAGGCGGGAUGAGAGCGAGCAGCUCACUCAGCUAGCCAAUCACAACCAUCGACUGGUCGAACAGCUGGCUGAGGCUGUCUCGGUCGAGCACAGUCUGAGGUGUGAGCUAAGGUCUCUCAAGGAUGAGAUGGAUGACUCGUCCUUCAGCCGGGACAUCAGCUUCACACAGCUGGGGAGCACCCAGGCAGAGAACAGAGUUUUGCAGGAGCGUCUUUCUCUCAUAGAGAAACAGCUGGCGUCGUCCCAAGACGACACCGAUAGGCUGAGGGCGGAGAGGGAGGGGCUGAGAGAGAGACUGACAGAGAUGCAGACCAGCCUGAGAGAAAGAGAAGCAGAGCUGGAGCAGGAGCAGGGGGUGGUGUUUGAGUUGCGGACGUUGAAUCGUUCUCUACAACAAAGAGCCCUGAGCCUGGGAGAGGAGAGCAGUGUGGAGAACACACACACACAUCCCCAGUCUCUGCAUAGUGAGAUACAGCAGUCACAGGCCAAAGAGGCUCACCUUGUCUACUCUGCAGUCCUGCAGGCUAGAGACGAGGAAAUACACACUCUGAAAGAAGAGCUGAGCGCCAAACAGGCAGAGCUUGAUUCUCUGAGGAAGGAUCUUGAGCAAUUUCCAGGAAAGCCCUCUUACAGUUCUCUAGAGAACGAGGUCAUCACCGUGCGCCAGGAGAGAGAUUCCCUCACCCAGCAGCUCCUCAACACCAUCAAACACAAGGUGGCGCUGUCCCAGGAGGUCGACGCGUGGCAGGAGGACAUGCGCUUGGUGAUCAGUCAGCAGGUGCACCUGCAGGAGGAGGAGAGACAGAAGGCGUUGGAGAAGAAGAAAGAGAGUGGGCUGCAGAGAGGCUCUCGCACCAGGUCCCUGCGAGUGCGAGGAGAAGGAGGAAAAGGCUUCUUCUCCUCUCUGUUCAGAGGGGACUCGUAGAAAAGAAAGAAAGAAGUCAUUUUCAUACCCUGCCAAUGGGCCAGCAGAUACCUUCUGUAGUUCAGCCAUCAAGAAAGGUUUCAAAAGACAAACCAUUUAGAUGAACCUUUUGUAUAUAAUGUUCACCUGUAUUAACUAUUAUUUCGUAAAUUAUUAUGGAUCUGUGUAUUGGAAAUAAACAUACUUUAGUAACA